CCCGCACGGCCCCUGACUCCGGGGCGGCGGGCGGCGGGCAGGCAGCGCUCCGGGCAGCCCUGGGCGCGAGGCUAUGGCGGCGGCGCUGGGGACGCGGGGGGCGACGCGGCGCUGGUUCGCGGCGCUGAGAGGCAGGAGCCAGAGCCUCGCAGCCAUGUCAGCAGGUACCCACCAGUUGACUGCAGAGGAGAGGAGCCAGAUGAUACUUGACCUUAAAGCAGCAGGAUGGUUGGAAUUAAGUGAGAGAGAUGCCAUCUACAAAGAGUUCUCUUUCAAAAAUUUUAAUCAGGCCUUUGGCUUUAUGUCCCGAGUUGCCCUACAAGCAGAGAAGAUGAAUCAUCACCCGGAAUGGUUCAAUGUGUACAACAAGGUCCAGAUAACGCUCACAUCACAUGACUGUGGCGGAGUGACCAAAAGAGAUGUGAAACUGGCCAAGUUCAUUGAAAAAGCAGCUGCUUCUGUGUGACUCCUAAAAUGCAUGUAGAAUCUUACGUACACAUCUGGCUGCAAGGGACAUUGAAGGCAAUUUACAUGAAUAAAUUAAGUUAUAAAUUUAGUUCACCUUUUGAACUAUCACAUUUUGUAAAAUCAGUGCUUAAAUAAAAAUGAUUUAAACUUGA